CCUUUUGUUUGAGUGUUUCCUCGUAUCAAACGUGCAUUUGUGUUGCAGGUCGGUCUUUUUUGCAGGGUCAUCAGCUGGAGACCACCGCUCUGUAACCCAGAACAUGUCCUGGUGGCAGGGCGGUGAACGUGGACAGCUUCCCUGUUUGCUUCCUGCAGCCUUGCUCCCUGACAUCCUGAGUCUUCAAGUAGCCGUGUUGUUGAAGCUCCAACAAAACCACCAGGUAGAGCUUCACACUCCAUCCUUCAACGUCACUCUGCAACCAGGUCGCCACAUUUUCCCUCUUCCUCUAGUGGGCAGCCUCCAACCGCUCCUCCCAUGGCACUGUGAGCUCCAGGAGGAAGGCAGAUCUUCCAACCAAGGACAACAGAACCAAAUCUGGCUGCAGGAUGGUGCUGCAGAUUUCUUCUGGAAAGUGUCUACCCAGGUCCACUUCGAUCCUGCACUCCAGCCCUGGAGCUGGAGCAGCUCAGGCUGGGGAGGUUCCUCUGAGAGUCUGAAGACAUGAGAGAGAGAGAGAGAGAGGAGCAGACCUCUGUCACAUCGCUCUCUUUAAGGCCACCUGACUCUGAAACAACAACAUUAAUCUGAUCUCACAGAGGACAGGAGUUGCUGAUCUACCUCGGCCUCAGUCGAUUGGUUGGCUGGGACAGUCUGACCGAGGAGCAGCUCUCCUCCUCCGGCUGGACUCUUCAGACCACUGCGCUGUUUAACGAUCCGGACUCCACUCUGAGAAAUGUCUAAGGGCACGCUGCGGGACCUGCAGCUGGCUCUGCAGCUGAAGAUCGAGGAGCUGCGGCAGAGAGACUCUCUGAUCGACGAGCUGGAGCUGGAGCUCGACACCAAAGACGAUCUGAUCCGGCAGCUGCAGGUGGAGCUGGACCGGCACCGCAGCGCCCCCACGCAGACCGCCAACACAGGGGAGACCUCGCCCAGUACAGGAGCAGCUGUUCAGCCUCCAGCGGCUCCUGAUGAACCUCAGCGCACAAAGAGACAGGCCAUCUCUGCAGAGCCCACGGCGCUGGACCCCUCCCAGCUCACCGACGUCACGCUCACCAGCUACUGCAAGAGCAAAGAGUCCAGCGAGCUGAUCCAGAGAGCUCUGAUGGACAACGACUUCAUGAAGCACCUGGAACACGGACAGAUCCUGACCAUCAUGGACUGCAUGCACCCCACCUGUCUGGCCAAAAGCUGCUGUGUGAUCCAGGAGGGGGACGACGGCUCCAUGGUCUACGUCCUGGAGGAGGGGAUGGUGGAGGUGACCAAACAAGGACAGAAACUCUGCUCCAUCGGUCCGGGCAAAGUCUUUGGAGAGCUGGCGAUUCUCUACAACUGCACGCGCACAGCAACAGUUACAGCUCUGACCGACAUCAAGCUCUGGGGCAUCGACCGUCAGGGUUUCCAGACCAUCAUGAUGAGGACCGGUCUCAUCAAACACUCCCAGUACACGGACUUCCUCCGCAGCGUUCCCUCGUUCCAGGCGCUCCCCGAGGACAUCCUCAGCAAACUGGCUGAUGUUUUGGAGGAGACUCAUUACAGCGACUGUGAUUACAUUAUCCGUCAGGGAGCCACCGGAGACACGUUCUUCAUCAUCAGCGAAGGACAGGUCAAAGUCUCUCAGCAGAACUCGGCCAAUGAGGAGCCGACGGAGGUGAAGAGUCUCUCUAAGGGGGACUGGUUUGGGGAACAGGCUCUGAAAGGCGAGGACGUCCGCACCGCCAGCGUGACGGCCGUGGGAGACGUCACGUGUCUGGUCAUUGACAGAGAGUCCUUCAAACAGCUGAUCGGUGGACUGGAUGGCGUCAACAACAAGCAGUACGACAACAGCGAGGUCAAGGCCAAGCUGCAGGCCGAGGCAGACUUCUUCUCCAGAGUGUCUCUGAACGACAUCAACAUCGUGUGCACUCUGGGGAUGGGAGGCUUCAGCCGAGUGGAGCUGGUGCAGCUAAAGAACGACACGAGCCGAUCGUUCGCCCUCAAAGUGUUGAAGAAGCGUCACAUCCUGGACACCAGCCAGCAGGGACACAUCCUGUCAGAGCGCAACAUCAUGAUGGAGGCGCACAGUCCCUUCAUCAUCAGGCUGUACCGGACCUUCAGAGACUCUAAAUAUCUCUACAUGCUGCUGGAGGCGUGCCUGGGAGGUGAGCUGUGGACUCUGCUGAGGGACAGGGGAUCGUUUGACGACGGCAUCACUCGUUUCUACACCGGCUGUGUGAUCGAGGCUCUGGCCUUCCUGCACUCCAGAGGGAUCAUCUACAGAGACCUGAAACCGGAGAACAUCAUCCUGGACCACAGAGGAUACGCCAAGCUGGUGGACUUUGGAUUCGCGAAGAAGGUGGGCCUGGGUAAGAAGACCUGGACCUUCUGUGGGACCCCGGAGUACGUGGCCCCUGAGAUCAUCCUGAACAAAGGACACGACAACUCAGCGGACUGCUGGUCUCUGGGAAUCCUGGUCUUUGAGCUGCUCAGUGGCAGUCCUCCAUUUUCUGGAUCUGACCCCAUGAAGACCUACAACAACAUCCUGAGAGGCAUCGACAUGAUCGAGUUCCCCAAGAAGAUCACAAAGAGCGCCGCGAACCUCAUCAAACGUCUCUGCAGGGACAAUCCUUCAGAGCGGCUCGGGAACCAGAAGAAUGGCGUGAAGGACAUCCAGAAACACAAGUGGUUCGAGGGAUUUAACUGGGACGGACUCCGGCAGGGGACCAUGGACUCUCCGUUCACGCCCGCGGUGGAGGGACCGCUGGACAACCGCAACUUUGACUUCUUCCCCGAGGACGCAGACGACCCGCCCCCCGACGAGGAGUCCGGGUGGGACCUGGAGUUUUAGAGGGAGCAGCUCAGAGAGGGGGAGCGAAGCCAUAUCAGACAGGGUUUAAAAUCUAGACUUCUAAUAUCUGAAGAAAGAGAUCAUCACACAUCAGAAACAAAGCCUUACUGUUUCAAGUCAUCCAGAGAGGAGACGACGUGCUGCUUCAUGCUGAGGAACAGUCUUCAGAAUGAACUCAUCAUUUUACAAAGAACACAUUUUAAAACUCCCUCAAAUAUCAGACUGAGUGAUGAAACAUCCUGCAACACGGCUGCUGACAGACGGGGGAUCAUGAGAACUUAAACUCACAGAGGGUCCUACGGUUUAACGAAGACGCAGCGGUCUGUGUGUCCAAAUGUGGACACACAUCGAGUCUCAGGGAAGAACUCACUCCUACUGCGACCAAGACCUUCCCAUCAUCUGCCUCACUUCCUCUCAACAUCCAAUCCUUUUACUCUUGUGAUCUUCAAGCACAAACACACACACAUACAGUUCUGCAGCUCCGUGCAGUUUGCUCUUGUUUUGUGGCAGACCGAGUAAACAAGCUGUCGGCAUCUCCUCUCCCUGCUGCACAGAGCUGCGCUGUGCGCUCUCAUCCUGAAGGAGCUUAACUCUGUCCACAAACAGACGAUGACCCCUCUUAUCAGAGGAGUGUGAAGUCAGUUCAUGACAGAUGCAGAUUUAAGUGUUUGUGACGCAGCUAGUUGUCGUGUGUUAACGGCUUCAUGCGUGGAAAAUCGUGCAUGUGUCAGGAUCGUUCAAUCCUUCGCCUCAUGAUGCACAAUGUCGUAAAUCAUCACCUUACAUGUUUCAACCGCAGUGACUCCGCCCACUUCAUGUUCAUACCUUUAUUGAAGUUUUACCCCAAAAAAUGACAAUGAAAGAAUAAUAGAUGUUAUGUUAUUUGAAAGAUUAGGACUUUAUUCCUGAAAGAUUAGGACUUUAUUCCUGAAAGAUUAGGACUUUAUUCCUGAAAGAUUAGGACUUUAUUCCUGAAAGAUUAGGACUUUAUUCUUGAAAGAUUAGGACUUUAUUCCUGAAAGAUUAGGACUUUAUUCCUGAAAGAUUAGGACUUUAUUCCUGAAAGAUUAGGACUUUAUUCCUGAAAGAUUAGGACUUUAUUCCUGAAAGAUUAGGACUUUAUUCCUGAAAGAUUAGGACUUUAUUCCUAUAAGAUUAGGACUUUAUUCUUGAAAGAUUAGGUCUUAAGUCCUGAAAGAUUAGGACUUAAUUCCUGAAAGAUUAGAACUUUAUUCCUGAAAGAUUAGGACUUUAUUCUUGAAAGAUUAGGUCUUAAGUCCUGAAAGAUUAGGACUUUAUUCCUGAAAGAUUAGGACUUUAUUCCUGAAAGAUUAGGACUUUAUUCCUAUAAGAUUAGGACUUUAUUCCUGAAAGAUUAGAACUUUAUUCCUGAAAGAUUAGGACUUUAUUCCUGAAAGAUUAGGACUUUAUUCCUGAAAGAUUAGGACUUUAUUCCUCAACGAUUAGGACUCUAUUCCUGAAAGAUUAAGAGUUUAUUCCUGAAAGAUUAGGACUUUAUUCCUGAAAGAUUAGGACUUUAUUCCUGAAAGAUUAGGACUUUAUUCCUCAAA